CUUCAACCGUUGGAUAAAUGACCAUCCUGGCCGUCAAAAUUAGGGCUGAGUUUUGGGAUAGAGAAACCUCAAGCGAGAGCUCAUUCCUCUCUCUCCUGGUCCCGCUAGAUCGUGCGUCGCUGCCUCGCAAGCUCCUCAAGGGUUGGCACCAUGGUGAAGCAUAAUAAUGUUAUCCCCAAUGGUCACUUCAAGAAGGACUGGCAGAACUAUGUGAGGACCUGGUUCAACCAGCCCGCCCGCAAGAAAAGAAGAAGAACGGCACGUCAAAAGAAGGCUGUCGCUGUGUUUCCACGCCCUACUGCUGGACCACUCCGACCAGUCGUGCACUCUCAGACCUUGAAGUACAACUCUAAGAUCCGUUCUGGACGCGGGUUCACCUUGGAAGAGUUGAAGGCUGCUGGCAUCCCGAAGAAGCUUGCUCCCACUAUUGGUAUUGCUGUUGACCAUCGCCGCAAGAAUCGAUGUUUGGAGAGUCUUCAGGAGAACAUCAAUCGGCUCAACACUUACAGGGCUAAGCUGGUUGUGUUCCCUAGACGCUCGAAGAAGACCAAGGCCGGAGACGCGACCGCUGAAGAGCUGUCGAGCGUGACCCAGCUGACUAGACCAGUCUUGCCCAUAGUGAAGCCCCAACCUACCGCCGAGAUUGUAUCUAUCACUGACGAGAUGAAGUCUCAGAAGGGAUACUACAAACUCCGCCUGGAAAGGAUGAACGAGAGGUUGGUGGGUGUUCGGAAGAAGAAGGCCGAACAGGCUGAAAAGGAUGAGAAGAAGUAACUUUUCAGUGCCAGGAUUAUUCAAUUGAUUGAGGAUGGAUGAUUGUAAAAGCGCGAAGUGUUCGCCGCAAUUUGCCAGCUUUUUGGCUUGUUAAAGUUGAAUGAGUAUCGCUUCUUAUUGCAA